GGAACAAAAGAGCUGCUCGGACUGCACUGACUGUGUGUUGAAGGUUGUCAAGAAGAGUGGAUUUAUUUUUCCCCGAGAAAUGAAAAUUACAGUCAGAGAAGAAAUCCGUGACUGAAAUUAAAAAUCCGAAACAAAGAAAUAGGGAUUUGGGGGAUGGAUGAACCCAACAGCCGCUCUGCUGCUGUAUCUUCCAAGGAGAAACUUAAUCUCCCUCCGUGUAAGUUUUUGGUCUCAGUCGUGCUGUCAGAUUCCUUCACGUCCCAACACGCUGGCAAACUGUCAGUCGUUCAUGUCGCUCUGUCUGGUUUCAUUCAUCUGCUGUGUGUCCACUGAAGCCUGACCACAUGAGUGGAGGCGGCGCCCUGCAGCAACGCACCACCUACCUCAUCUCCCUCACCCUGGUCAAGGUAGAGGCUGUGGAGGAGAAUGGAGGGGAGGCCAAGAACAGCACCCAGGGGAAGGAGGUGGAGGCCCGGCCUGGAGGAGAGGCCGGGGCGAAGGUGGAAGGUGAAGCUCCCGCACAGGCUGAGAACGGAGCCGGACCACCACAAAGAGCUGAGGAUGCUGACAUCGUGAAAGGGGGGAUAUCCGGCGAUGAACUCAAAGAUGGAGAGAAAAAACCCGUCAGUCCUCUGAAAGAUAAACUUCCCUCCACGGCUGAUGUGCAGAGCAAAGGGAGCGAAAAGCCGCCGUGCAACCUCUCGAUCCCCUUACCGGCUGAGAGAGUUCAGAAGACAAAGUCUGCAGAGAUCGACUUCACACGAGUCGAGAAGACGCCUUCGACCCCAGAGGCACAGCAAUGCAGGUCACCAUCGCUGACCACGACACCUCCGACAGAGGUGGUGGAGCCAAGCCGAACCCCGACCAGGACCAGCCUCCCUAUCCGUCCUGUGGGUCAGCGUCCGGUGAGUCUCCUCAAGUCUCACAGCAGCGUGGCCACCCGCGGGCGUGAAUCCCGGGACGGCAGAGAGCGCAGCCCUACCUCAGCACAGAGCCUGGACCGGAAGGACUGCCGUAUGCCAACUCGCUCUCCAGGCCCCUGCAGGGCCUCGUGGGCCGAGGCCAGCAGGCCGGACGGAUGGAGGGACAUGCGGGAUGAAACUCAAGCUGGACUACCUCUGGAGAUUGGAGGUGGCGUGGCUGCAGUGAUGAGAGACAUCCCCAGGAAGGAGAGGCUGAAGACGGGCUCGGCCUCCCUGCCUGGGCCCGUUACCCAAGCCAACAAGCCGGCACGCAAAGGGAAAAGCCGCACGCUGGAUAACAGCGACCUGAACAGCCUCUCAGAGGACCUGGGGCUCGCCAGGGAGGCCCAGCAGGCGCAGCAGGGCCAACGAGGCUCCGCUAAAGACAGGAAGAUGCUAAAGUUCAUCAGUGGCAUUUUCACAAAGAGCAGCUCGGGGGCGGCGGGGUCGUCCUCCACAGCACCUCCUGUCUAUAUACAGAGGGACUCCAGUGAGGAGGAAGUAAAUAUCGCCAACAGCCAGGAGUGGACCCUGAGCAGAUCCAUCCCAGAGCUCAGACUGGGCAUUCUGGGAAGUCUAAAAAGUGGCAAGUCAGCACUGGUGAAUAAAUACAUCACAGGCAGUUAUGUUGCACUGGAGAAGCCUGAUGGUGGCAGGUAUAAAAAGGAGGUGCUGGUGGACGGACAGAGCCAUUUAUUACUGAUCCGGGAGGAAGCUGGACCACCCGAUGCACAGUUCAGCAGCUGGGUCGACGCGGUGAUCCUGGUCUUCAGUCUGGAGAACGAGAGCAGCUUCCAGGAGCUCUACCAGCUCUACAGCCAGCUGAGCGCACACCGCACGGACAUCCCAGUCAUAGUGGUCGGCACCCAAGAUAAAAUCAGUAGCACCAACCCUCGUGUGAUUGAGGAUCAGAGAGCCAGACAGCUGUGUAUCGACGUGCGUCACUCGCUGUUUUACGAGACCUGUGCGACCUACGGGUUCAACGUGGAUCGAGUCUUUUCAGAGGCCGCGCAGAAGAUCGUAGCUCAGAAGAAGCAGGCGGCGCUGCAGGCCUGCAAAUCUCUUCCCAACUCUCCCAGUCACUCGGGAGGCUCCACACCAGGAUCAGCAUCGUACCCCGGACAGGCCAGUAAUGGCUCGAGUUGUGGCUACGCCUACUCCCUCCCCUCCACCCCUGUGAUCGGUCACAGAGACCUGCGGGUCGCACAGGGAGAGGGGGGAGGCAGCGUCACCUCGCGUCAGCUGAAGACCAUCCCCAGACGGCCCUCCCUCUUCAAGAAUCGGGACACGGAUAAGAAAUCGGGCGAUGCAAAAGGGGAUCUGAGCGGCGUGCGAGGCGUUCCCAUCAAACAGAGCAUCCUGUGGAAGAGAAGCGGCAGCUCUCUGAAUAAAGAGUGGAAGAAGAAAUACGUCACCCUGUCCAACAAUGGCACGCUGUCGUACCACUCCAGCUCCAGUGAUUACACACAGAACAUCCACGGAAAAGAGAUCGACCUGCUGCGUGUGACAGUAAAAGUUCCUGGGAAACGUCCUCCGAGAGCUGUCGCUCCUGCGGGGCCCUCACCUGUCCCCCCUGGCUCUGUACCUGGAGUCAACGGGCUGAGCAAGGAGCCGACAACCGCCGAAAAUACCAGUACAGUUCCUCAGUUAUGUCCAGCCACUCUGUCUGUGGUCGAUGACCGCUCUGGUGGUCUGUCGCCUCAAGGAGGAGACAGAGGACUUCAACGCUGCCCUUCUUCACUGUCUACCAAAGCACAAAGUGUUGACGCCCUUGAAGGCGCAGCUAGCCCCUUCGCUGGGAAAGACCCCGGCCAAUCAUCUCCCAUGAGCGACAGGAAGAAGAACAGGAGGAAGAAGAGUAUGAAUCAGAAAGGAGAUGCAGCUGUCGGGCAGGCAGAAGAGGAGGAGAAUGCAGACUUUAUCAUUGUGUCGUUCACCGGGCAGACGUGGCACUUUGAGGCUCAGAGUCUGGAGGACCGGGACUCGUGGGUGACGGCCAUAGAGAGCCAGAUCCUGGCCAGCCUGCAGUCCUGUGAGAGUGGCAGAAACAAGGCGCGGAGGAGCAGCCAGAGUGAGGCUGUAGCGCUGCAGGCCAUCCGAAACGCCAAGGGCAACAGUCAGUGUGUCGACUGUGAAGCAGCAAAUCCCACCUGGGCCAGUCUCAACCUGGGCGCGCUGAUCUGCAUCGAGUGCUCGGGGAUCCAUCGAAACCUGGGGACUCACCUGUCUCGCGUCCGCUCGCUGGACCUGGACGAUUGGCCCGGAGAGCUCACGCAGGUCCUGGCUGCCAUCGGGAACCACAUGGCCAACAGCAUCUGGGAGAGCUGCACCCAGGGCCGAACCAAACCCACACCUAAUGCCACACGUGAGGAGCGAGAGUCGUGGAUUCGUGCUAAGUACGAACAGCGGGCCUUCGUGCCUCCUCUUCAGCCGGCCGGGCCCCAGCUUCCAGGUGACGGUAUGCCGGCGUGGCUGCUGUCUGCGGUGACGGACCGAGAUCUGCCCAGACUGCUGCUCCUCCUGGCCCACAGCACCAAGGACCAGAUCAACGCUACGCCGGCCGGGUCCAGUUCGCCGGCUCGCUCGGCCCUGCACGCCGCCUGUCAGCUGGGAGACGUAGUCAUGACCCAGCUGCUCAUCUGGUACGGCAUCGAUGUGAAAGCGAAGGAUAACCAAGGCCAGACAGCCAUGAGGAUGGCCCGAAAAACAGGAAGCAAAGGGUGCAUUGAUAUUUUGCUCCAACACGGCUGUCCCAACGAGACAUCCCCCACCACUGCCACGCCCGUCCUCUCCCGCCGGUCCAGCACUGCCAGCCUGGGCCGAACCAGCUCCAGGAAACGGGUGUCGUAGCGCAAACUGAAGGUUUUGGAAACGACUGGAGGAUGCUUCAUGUCUAGAAACCUUUUGGAUACUUUGGAGAAGGGCGUGCUGUAAGAACAGGACUAUCUCGUAGGAUUUCAAAAACAAUAGCUCCCGAAGACUGAACAACAUAUCAAACAACUUUAAAGCAAUAUUCAUUCGAUUUGUUGAUGACAGAUAUGUUGCUGAAAUACUGUGUUGAUGUUGACCUCAUUUCCAAAUGACUCAAGUAGAAACUUUGUAGCCGUCUUCUGUAAUUUUAGAGCAGACAAACUGCUUCUCGUUUCACUUCCUCCAGAAGAAGUGCAAUAAUCCAACUAUGAUGGUCAAAAGCAACAA